GACCGCAUUAUCUUGGGAUCCAACAGCGCCUACCUCUACAUUGGGUUUCCUUCAGAGAGAGGCAAUGAAGACUUGAACAGGUUUGACUAUGACUUUUUCCAGCUGGAGAGAGCGGCUGCAGAAGGAGUGAGCGUGGACAAGCUCGGGGCCGCAGGCCACGGGGAGGGGAACGCAGACCCCAGCGUGCUGGCCGUGUUCCAGGACUAUGUCAAACUGAUGCCGCUGGUGGCGGAAGCGAAUCAGAUGGGCGAAGAGCUGGAGAAGGGACUCAGAAUGGAACUGAAGGUGAAGAAUUUAGCGUCGUCAGACUCUAGGGGCUACGACCUACAGAAAGAGGUCAUGGUGAAAGUGACCCACCAAAGGACUCACGAGGGCAGCUCUCGGGGGUCUUGGUCUGAGACACCCACCCUGGGAGUCAACCUGGACUUCUGUGAGGCCUUCGGAGCUGAAUCCUCAAUAGCAUGUGGUGAGGAGGAUGUGGUAUUUGACCCUUCAGAGUUGCUGGGCAAGAGGAUGGAUUUCCAGAUUGGCCUCGUGCAGUGCUUUGGCAUCAAGUGGCUCAAGGAAGGCGCAGAGCGGGGCAUUCAGAUGGGGUACAGAAUUUAUGAUCUUUCAAGCACUUUCUAUACCAAGCCUGUAUGGAAAAUUGUGAAUCCCCAAAUAGAAGAAACUGUCCAAUUUACAGCUUUAAAUGCAUCUCAGGAGUUUCUGAAUUAUUUACAAACAAAUGCUCUCAUUGUUGAUUUAUGGGGUCUUCAAGAAGGCUGUGCCCAACUGAGCUGCUCUCAGCCGGACCCCAUGGUCACAAGUGAAGGCCACAUCAUGGUGGACACCAAGAAAAUUUCCCCAGUGAUGGAUACAGGCCAGACCACCUCAAAUCAGAUAUCAGAACUUUAUAUGAAGUUGCUCAAGUUAGAACAGGAGAUGGAACUGCUCAGAAACGUUAACAGAGCCUUGAGAGAGGAAAAUGUGCUGCUCAAACACUCACUUGAGAAAGCUGGUUCUGCUCAACAAGCAAAGAAGCCUUCAGAUAGCGGGAAGGUCACUCAGACGCCAGCACAACUCCCCGCAGCCGGAGAGAUUCAUCACACGUCCGCUCAGCGAGCCAGCUCUGACAGAGAGUUGGCCAAAGCUCUGAAGGUCUUCUACCAAAGCCUGAAUGCGGCAAGAGGACAGUUUCUCAGACUGAGACAUUAUAAACCUCCUGAAGAUGAUGGAUUGUUUCGGCCGUUUGUACACCAACAGUCACUGAGGUUAAAGGACUUUGGGGAGCUGCUCGAAUCCAGCUUGUGGAGACUGAAAAGCGAUGUUGCUCGUAUAGUGAAAGAAAAGAGAGCGUGUUCGCUGCAUCCUGGAUAG